AUGCUCGUCGCAGAAUUCCAAUGGCUGCUCGAGAAGUUGCCCACUGGUGACCCGGUCCGCGUGCGCAUCGAGACUGCCUAUGGCGCUGAGAUUAAGAGCGCAAAGUCUCCGGGCAAGACGAUCGAUCUCUUCGUGGUUGACAGACACCUUUUCUCAGGUCCGCUGAAAUCUACAGGCUGUCCGCGAUUCCAUGCAGAUCGACGCUUUCCUUUCCCGCCUGGCUCGCUCGUCAACAUGCCCACUCCUCUGCUCGGGGAGAGCAGCAUUCGCAUCGAAGGCAAAGGAAAGUCAAGCUUCAUCCCGACCACGGCGCCACCACACGAUCGCCCCUCGCAGAAGCGUACUCCAGGAGACAACUUUGACAUCGCCGCUGCCCGUACGUUCCAGCAGCGUCCGGAGGGAGCAAACGCUUCACUCGAGGAUAUUGCCUGGGUUACCGAGGCAUUUCGCCCAAACGRGAAACAACUGAGUGAAGCAGAAGCGAGGUCGCGGUCGGGUCGCGAGGGGGUGAAGCGGGCGAAGGACAAAACAUACCCACACCAUAUGGGCCUGUGCACCCACAAGGAACUUGAAGAGCUUCAAGCGUGGCUCAACUCCGAUUGCGAAGUCAAGAUGAUGACUGGUCGGUCGCUGUCGCCAACGGACAUGCAUGGGCUCGGGCGUGGAGCUGGCGAUGCGAGCACGCGGCCACUGACCGAGAACGUCGUUGACGCCUUCAUGGAGAUCCUGCGCCGAUACAUGGCGACGAAAGAAGCGACAAGGAGAAUGUUCCUCAUGAAUGCCGAGUCCACGCUUCGCAAUGAACAGGAGCAGGAGCAGGCGCAGGCGCAGGCGCAGCAUGAUGCGGGCGAUGCAGCCGACGAUGAGGAGCGCACAUGGCUGGGCCGAGCACGGGGUCACGGRGCGACGCCACUCACGUUUGAUCUCUUUCAUGCCAUGAUCGUUCCUGUGCAGUUGGGGGGACACUUUGCGCUCGUCGUGGCCGAGCUCCCAGCCCGUGAGGAGCCGUGCAUCUACGUUUGGAAACCAGAUGCACCGCAGUGCGGCGGCGACGUGCGCACCAUGGCAGAGGUCUGGCUCCGCAAGCUAUCGGACGUCCACUUUGCCGGCAGAUUGAUGGCGGAUCCGUAUCCCCACGACUGGGAGGUCGGCGGUCUGCUUGUGUGCUAUUAUGCCGCUCUGUAUGUCGCUCGGCAGGAGACCAUUGAGCUCAAGUACAUCGAUCGAGACACGUUGGAUGCCAUCAGAGAAUGGGUCGCCUCGACUAUCAAGAAGCAGUGGUUGGAGGAAGAGUCGAUGGCUCGAUUGCGCACGCCCAACGCCGUCCAACAAGCGGAUGCUGAUGCUGAUGCUGAUGGCACUCAAGGCGAUGUGGCCAUGGAAGGAUGA